CUGAUCGAAUGAAAAGGAAAUGAAAAACUAAAAUAACAGUUGUGUCAUUCUACGCUAGUCUUGCGUCUUCCUCACAUCUAUGCAAACACACACACACACACACUUAUCCCGUUUGAGCAUCUUUUUUUUUAACCUCAUUUCAUAACAUUGUGUCUCUUUCUCUCUUACACUCAUUGGGUUUUCACUUUUUUGAAAUUUUUGUUUCUCUGCUGCUUCCUUGCCUGCAUUCAAACUCUUGUUAGCAGACUAGAGAUGACAGAGGGAAGCGAUUUCAGGCACUGGGAUGAGCUAAUACCGGACGCUCUGGGGCUAAUUUUCAGUAAACUCCCACUACAAGAGAUACUUACCGUUAUCCCCAGAGUCUGCAAAUCAUGGGCUAAAGCAGUGCUUGGACCUUACUGCUGGCAAGAGAUUGACAUUGAAGAAUGGAGUAGCCGAUGCCAGCCGGACAAUGUCGAUCGAAUGCUUCAAAUGCUUGUCAAUCGAAGUGGCGGUUCGCUUCGCAAGCUCUGCGUUACUGGCCUCCAUAACAGCAACAUUUUCUCCUUCAUCGCUGAUCAUGCUGGCUCUCUCCAGACAUUGCGGCUGCCAAGGAGCAAUAUAAGCGAUGCUCUAGUAGAACAGAUUGCUGGAAGGCUUUCUGCAGUUACUUUUUUUGAUCUAAGCUAUUGUGAUAAAAUCAGUGCUAGGAGUUUAGAGUCUAUAGGAAAGAAUUGCAAAGCUUUGGUUGGAAUCUGUCGAAACUUGCACCCGCUGCAUACAGCAGGUAUGCCGUUGCUGGACGAUGAAGCGUACGCCAUUGCAGCCACAAUGCCAAAACUGGAGCACCUUGAAAUGGCCUAUCACCCUCUUAGCACUAAAAGCGUGAUGACGAUACUGUCGAGCUGCCCCAAUCUCGAAUUCCUCGAUUUGAGAGGCUGUUGGGAUGUAAGGCUGGAAGACAAGUUUGUGGCUGAGAAGUUCCCAAAACUAAGAGUGUUGGGGCCUCUGGUUAGAGACUACUACGAGCGAAACGAAUGGGAUGAAUGCUCAGACUACUCAUACAUCUCCGACGACUUGGCUUGGGACUUCUCUGCAGAUUACUUUGACGACGAUGCCGAGAGUUACGACGAUCCAUGGGACGACGAAGACAGGCUAGAAGGACUCGAGUUGAGAUUCUAUGAAGGAAUAGAUGAAGUUGGUGGAGGCUUUGGUUGGCCUCCCUCCCCUUAACUAGUAAGUGAUGUUUUUCUGGGCUCGUCAAAUUGUUGCUCUCUCUGUGUUAUGUUUCUUAGCUUCCUACUUGGUAUCAACUCGAUGCUUUUGGGACUUAGUGGAUUUGUAAAUUCUCUAAUACAAAAUUUAAGGUAUUUUACUUCAA